AUGACAGGACUAGGCUUCAUCACCGACACCCCACGGUCCGGUCUCCCGACCGAAACCGCCCCCCCACUCACCGCCCUCCCCCUACCGCCACCUCCACCACCCCCCCGGCGCUCCCCGCCCCAACGCCCCGAAUUCAAAGCGCCCCCCGAGCCCGCCGACGAAUUCGGCGACCUCCCCCCACCCGUGCCGCCCACAGCCGACGAAAUUGCCGCCGAGGCCGCCGAAACGGCGGCGCUGCGCGCGCGGCAGAAGCUCGAGAUGGACCGCAAGAUGACCGACACGUCCGAGAUCUACGACCUCCUGAUGGCGCAGCAGGAGGCCGCAAAGGCCGCGCAGGCGAAGCGCGAGGCCCUGGGCCUCGAGGCCAAGGAGGAGGCCGCGGGGGAGAAGGACGCGAAGCAGGAGGGCGCGGAGAAGGACCCGCCGUAUGAGCGGGCGCUGUCGUCGCUGUCGUCCGAGUCGGAUCCGCUGGACCUGCCGCCGGAGGUUACGGCGAAGCUGACGGCGCGGCGCACGGCGAGGCGGGCGGAGGAGGCGAGGAAGCGGCGCGAUGCGGAUAUUGAGGAGAUGAGGCUGAUAACGCUGGCGCUGGCGGCGAAGGAGAAGCAGGCGGCGCAGGAGAAGGCGGCACAGGAGACCGCGGAGCAAAAGCAUGGUGGCCAGAAGGAGAAAACUACGGCGGAGAGGGCGGCGGCGGAGAGGGCGAGGGCCGAUGCGGAAAAGUUGUCGGCGGCUGCGAAGGCGGCGGCAGCAGCAAAAGCAGCAAAGACGGCGGCGGAGGCGGAGGCGGAGGCGGAGAGGCGCCGGCAGGCACAGCUGAAGGCGCAGAAGGAGCGGGAUCUGGUGUCGGACGACGAUGUGACGGAUGAUGAUGACCCGGCUGAUGAAGGGUCGCCUCCGCCGCUUAGUGACGAGGAUAGAGCGAUUCUAGCGAGGAUAGAGCGGGAGGAGGGGCGGGCUCACGCCUUCGCGGACAUGAUUGAUAGCAUCUCGUUCACUGUUGAGAUUAACCACGGGCUGCAGAUGAAUACCUGCCCUUACUGCCAACUUAACAUUGGUGCUCUGGCUUAUGAUGAGAAAAAAGCCCAUCUAUUAGCCGAUCUUGCUCGCGAAACUGACGACGAACCGUUUCCACGCGCCGACGAGAUGAUACACGGGCCCGGAGCACUAGAUUUGGAAUACGACGACCAUGCAAUGAGGCGAUGGAUCUAUAUCGACCAGCGGACGCAUUGCCAGCACUGCGGUAUAGAGUUUACAGAAGUCGGCAUGAGAAAACUCUGGUUCACGGGUGCUGAACGAAGGGCUCAACUCCCUGACCUUCCAGCCUCUGUAGAUCUGCAGAACAGGAACCACAGGAUACGGUGCCCGUACCAGAGGCGGCGGGCGGGCUAUAACCACCUGGCGCAGUGGGGGAAUGCCAAUCCACUCGAUGGACGGAGCUUUGCGACUCUGCCGAGGAGGAAUAGGGCUGAUUUGAAUCAUCUGUACGCUCAAAUGGAUGCGAUGGGCGACGACACUUAUGGUCUUGAACUCAUUUAUGACAACAUUCCUCGAAAUCUCUCGGUCGAUGCUGUUCGUACUGUUAUAAGGUAUCCCUACAACACCGAACUGAGCAACUCUCAAGCACAAGAGUAUGCAAGAGCAGUCCGCCAUGUGUUCUGCCCCUCUUGCCGUAGAAGACUCCGCAGGAGGCCGUACAAAAUAGAUGGUGAGGAGCGUCCCGCAGCAGAGACACUUGAAGAGCACAGGGCAAAGUGCAAUCGAGUUCCUCUACCUGCAGACUUCAUAGGAUGGAUCUCACUUGAAGUGAACCAGUUCUUGGGCAAGCUACGAACCGCAUACCCUGCAAAGGCAACCCUGAUAGCAAUCUCUGAGCAGGUCAAGUGGUUCCACAGAUGGAGACUAGCCGCAAACAGCACUGUCCCAUUCACUAUACACGGGAUAGCUUCUCCUGACAUAACCGCGGGCUGGCCUCCGGUACCACUACCCCCUUGCUUCGUCGGUAACGCCGCUGUAGUUUUGGCCGCCACGGCUGAACUUCCAGUCCCCCGUGCUAUUCCCUACCGCCCUUAUCGUGCGCAUGAUGGUACCACGAAGGAUGAUCAAGGACCCGAAGGGGAGGACCCAGAGGAUGACCCAGAGGAUGACCCAGAGGAUGUGCCAGAGGAUGUGCCAGAGGAUGUGCCCAAGGAGAAGGAGAAGAAGGAACCAGAGGAAGAUCGGUCGUCAUCCCUUGAGCCCGCCUCAGACGACACUGAUCCUGAAGAUGAUGUUGAAGGCGACAAUCUAGAUGAUGACGACGUACCUAGCGACGAUGACGCCGAUGACGAUGAUGCCGAGGAAGAGGAAGAGGAAGCCGACGACCCGCUUAGCGAAAUCAGCGAAGAUGACGACAAUGGGGACGAGAGCCUCCUCAAGGAUUCCGAUGUGCUCAAAGGCAACGCCCGCGCCUCCAGGGCACGACGCGCCGGAUUUAUCGCCCAGCAAGCCGCCAUGCAAGAGACCAGAGCGGCAAACCAGGCCACUCUCGACAACCUCGGUGCAGAGGCAGCACAAAGAGAAGCCAAAAGGGCGGCAUUGACCGCUAUCGAAGAAACAACGGGUCUUGAUGCAGCACAAAUGAAACAGGCGGCCAAUCUAAAGGCCUCUAGCAAAGGAGGUCUUACGGCGGUUGACACCGUCACACAGAAAAUAGCGGCAAAUGAUGAAGCGCUUCAAGCCUUUGCUACGGGAAUUGAAGGCGCCGAAGAGGAAUAUGCGGGAAUAAUGGAGGCGAUAGCAGCAGCUGUAGCUGCGGAGAAGGAAGGUAAAACUUCCAAAAAGGAUGCUAUGACAGAUGCGGAGAAGGCAGCAAGAGUAGUAAGGAGGGCGGCCAGGCUCGAAAGGGCACAAAAAAGGGCGGCCAAACAAAAUACCCGGGCAGCUGCAAAGGCUGCAAAGGAGAAGGCGAAGGCAGAUGCGAUGAGCGCAGAAGCAAAAGCGGGAAAGGCAGCCACGAAAGCAAGGCAGGAAAAAAAGGCGGGGAGCAGGGCACGAAAGAGGGCAAGGAGAGCCCUCAAGUUGGACGCAGCGGCGAAGGCAGCCAAGGCCAUUGCGGAUGAAAUAGCCAGGAAGGCAGCAGAAAGGGCAGCAGUACCUAACCCAGACCCAUGCCCGAUUAUUGAAUUCUUGUGUGGCAGAUUAGCACAGCCUAUAAAUCCAGGGAGUGGAUUGCGCUUUUCCACGGGAAUGAGGAAAGUGACCUCGCGCGUGAUAUUGGACGCACCUCCUGGUGCUUGGGUAUCUUUCAUGUUUCCGACGUACGACAAUACAGGUUACGCACCAGCGCCAAUGAUAACCCCAGUAACACUCGCAGCAUUCGCUGGUGGAAACCAGCCUUACCAGAAAUAUAAUAUGGGCAUAAACUACUUCAUGAGGCACCUAGGUUUCUCUGUUCCGCAAGGGGCAAUCACUCACAUUCACACCGGCCCGGCCAAAACGUUUAUUGCCAAAGGAGUUGCUGCUAGAUCCCCUGGGUUCAUGAGCUGGUUGAAUCCUGUCAAUAUCAACCAUAAUCACAUUACUAGGAUGUUGACAUCUUUGUCUAUAUUAGGGAGACAAGCACAAGCAAUCACGCUAAAUGCUGCCUUAGUUGCUGCCGUAGGUGCGAGAGGCCCUGCUCUCGCACCACCCCCAGAAGUACUAGCCGCGUGGGCAACGGCAGCUAACCUCACGCCCGAAGCUAUCACGGUGAUGGAGGAGGCAUCAAUACCCUUAAGGCUAGCUCAGAUAGCUCCUCCUCCUCCUCCCCCUGCUCCGCCUCCUGCUGAUUCUGGCCCCCCUCCCCCUCCCCCUGCUGAUUCUGCCCCUCCCCCUCCUCCUGCCCCUCCUGCCCCAGCUAUGAGAAAGCAUGGAAUCCUUGUGUACGAGGGGGCAAGCUAUUAUGCCGCCAAGAGGAGGAGGUUGCAUACAGACAUGAAUCCAUUAUUACACUUCGCUGUUGCCCCCGCGCCCAGUGGAACACUAGAAGCAGACAAUAUCAGGCUUAAAGCUUUCGUUACAAGGUCUAAGAUGAAACGUUAUGUAUCACCACAUGGAGUUGGAAGACCCGGUAAGCGGCGUAAAUGGCACUCUGGGGAAAGCGUUGAAUCCGCAAACUUGUUAGUAGCAAAGUCACAAGGAGUGGUAGAAGAAGAUAGUGAUGAUCAUGACGAAGAUCAGGGUAAAAACGAAAGUGGGGCUGAGUCACAAAGUAGUCAAGAUCUAGAUCAAGAAGAGACCGAUAUCGACGAUAGUGGUGUAGAGGGUGUAGAGGAUGAAGAAGGUGAAGAAGGUGAAGAAGAUGAAGAAGAUGAAGAACAUGAAGAAUCAGGCGAUGAGGGGGAUGAUGAAGAAGAAGAAGAAGGGGGUGAGGACGACAGUGAAGACGGGAGUGGAGAGGCAAGUACUGCGCAAGAGAAGCCAGGAGAGGCCACCGAAUCAGAUGAGAAUGCGGAAGAUGAGUCGGAGCUUGAUGAAUCAUCGACUGCAAGUGACGAAGGAGACACAGACACAGAAAAGAACGAGAGAGGAAACCGUGGCAGCCCAGAGAGACUUCAGCUCGCCACGUAUAGGAAUCUGGCGAACUACAGCCCACGAAAGCCUCGAGCGAGUACCUCCUCCGAAGAGCAAUCUGGAAUGUCAGUACAAUCCGACGCCGACGAUAGUAGUGAUGGAGGUACGGCCUCCUCCUCGGGCAUCUUUCUGUCGGUCUACCAGAAUCCAGCGAGUGUGUUAUUACCCACGACUCCGAGAGUAUCUGGGAAGAGUCCAUCGAAGCCCAGGUUGCCGUUAGUCAGCAUAGACCGGAACGCUCCAACAUACACCCCUCAAUCCCGCCUGCUCAGAACUUCCGAUCCCGCAUUUCACCUCCAACACCAAACAUAA